UACACCGGAGGCAGCUGAGGGCAUGCGUUUUCACCGUCCUGCUCAUUUGGUCCCAUUCUGGCUGGCUCUUUGUGUCUUUGCUGGCAUGGCAGUUCUAUUGGUGAAUGUGACAGAUGUUUGGAAACUCGCCUUGGCUGGGGGUGCUUUUGUGGCAGCCGUCUCUUUCUAUGUAUAUAGAGAUAAGAAGAAUAAAGAGUUGGAUACAAUAAAGCAACAGCUACAGAGGACAGAGGAAGAAUUGAGAGAUGUGAAGAAACAGAAUGAAGAACUGGAGGAGAAAGUUUCAGAGUUGAAUGCACUGAAGCAACAGCUACAGAGGACAGAGGCAGAACUGAGGCAUAUGAUGAAACAGAAUGAAGAACUGGAGGAGAAAGUUUCAGAGUUGAAUGCACUGAAGCAACAGCUACAGAGGACAGAGGCAGAAAAGGCAGAUGUGAUGAAACAGAAUGAAGAACUGAAGAAGAAAGUUUCAGAAUUACAGCAGAAAUUAUCAAACUAUGAUGAGAUGAUACAGAAGAAAGACAAUGUGCUGGAUUCACUGAAGGAAAUCAGAAGAGAACUUGAGAAUCACAGAGGUCAACUCCUUUCACAGCUUGAAGAGUUGGAGCGACAGAAGAAGGAGAACAAAGAGAAGCUUCAGUCAGUGGACAGGAAAAUAACAGAGAGUGAGAGAGAAAGGACAGAUGAGAAACAGAGAUUAUUAAAAGAAAAACAAGACCUGUUAGGUGUCAAAUGGAAGCUAGAUGAGCACAAGACAGAACGGGAAAAACUGGUACUGCAUGUGGAGCAGUUACUGCAGAAAAUAAAUACUAUAGUCAGUACAGCGACUGAGUGGAAGUAAUUACUGGACAAUACCGAUUUAAAAUUAUUAGAUUCAUGCACAGAUCAUUUUCAGGAGCAAAUACAUUUUAGAGUGAAUUGCAAAACUUGGCUGGAUUAUGUGUUUGAUGUUUUCAGUACUGUCUAUCAACUCUACCAAAUACUAUUUUUUCUAAAACUAUCUGUGGCUCACUGGCAAUGAAUUUAAGUUUUUUCUGACCAAUAUCUAAUGAUUAUUUGAUGAUGAUUAUUUCUGAUGUAUCUUUGUGAUGGUUUUCUUUGAAUUCAAAUCAUAAAAGCUUUGUAUAUAAAUGAAGAAAAACAUUUUUAAAAAACAGUUUUGGGUUGUUGUUUUUUUCUUUCAAAUAAUAAAUCAUCACUGCUUAAAUU